AGUGGAGAACAAAUUGCUAACUGUAUAUAUUGCUGCCGUACUCUAAUUUUCUUUUUAUAUAUUCUUUGCCUUCUCAAUAUUAAUAGCUGAAACUUGCAAAAUCAUAGCUUAAAAGAACAAAACCUUAAUCAUCCAGCAUUUAUUUUCCGUCUUUCACCAUGGCUGUUUCUAUGAAAGAACAGGCUCACUACUCCCCGCCGUGGGCUGGAGUUAGUAUCAUAGGCAUAGCUGGAAGUUCUGGAUCAGGAAAAUCUACUUUGUCACAUGCCAUUAUUUCUCAGAUGAAUCUGCCAUGGGUUUGCAUUCUCAGCAUGGUAAUUCAUCUUUUCUACUUGCGUCUAUACUAUCUAGUUGGCCUAUUAAUGAAUAUGAAAUAGGAUUCGUUUUACAAAUCUUUAGACGAGGAAGGGUCAAGAAAAGCAUUUUUGAAUGAAUACGACUUUGAUUCUCCGGAUGCGAUAGACUUCGAUGUGCUGGUCGACAUCUUGAGAGACCUCAAAGCAGGGUAAGUCUUUUCGGACACUUACUUAUAAAUGAAAAGAAGGUUCAAAGUUCGAUGUAUUUUAUCCAGCGGCUCCCUUUUCAUGUUAUUGACAUUUGUUUUUUUUAGCAAAAGAGCAGAAAUUCCUAUUUAUUCCUUCGCAAAGCACGCCCGAGAGAAGGAGACCACGUCAAUUUAUUCACCGCACGUACUUAUAUUGGAGGGCAUAUUCGCAUUAUAUGACCCUCGAGUCCUCGAGUUAUUAGAUAUGAAGGCAGGUACUCUUUUACUCGCGUUUACGAAGAAAUCUAAUUUCGGGUACUAACUUUUUCCAGGUAUUCUGUCAAGCAGAUGGAGAUACUUGUUUGUCUAGGAGAAGUAUGGUUCUUUCUCCAUGUUCCUCUAUACCGGCGGCCAUUUUCAAAUGGCACAUGACACAAACGCUGUUUGAUUAACGAUGAGUUCACUAAUUCAAAAUUUUAAUAGUUCUUAGAGAUGUCGCAGAACGAGGUAGAGAUAUUGAAGGAGUUAUCAAGCAAUGGUUUGGUUUCGUGAAGCCAAAUUUUCAACGAUACGUAGAGCCUCAAGGAGAAAUCGCGGGUAAGACUUCUCACCUAAUUUACCACAAGAUGAGCUUUACCUCUGUGUGGUUCCAUGAUGUUUUACCACAGGCCUAAUCCUUUGAACAGAUAUCAUUGUACCACGAGGUGUAGAAAAUCGAGUUGCAAUUAGUAAGCUCCAACUUCUAUGCACGCAACCUUAUACUUUAUUAAUCUUCUGAUAGAUAUGGUGGUACAAUACAUCCAGCGGACAUUAAAAGAAAAAUCAAUAGCACACAUUAUGGCUUUAAAGAAACUGGGUUUGGGUGUCGAGGAUGAGCCUCUAUCCGAGUCAGUUCUUCUCUUGGAGCAGACACCCCAGUUCAAGGGAAUGAAUACCAUCAUUCAAGAUAUAGGCACUCCAGCUGAAGAAUUCGUUUUCUAUUUCGACCGAAUUGCUACUUUACUCGUUGAACAGUAGGUCGUCAUGUGCUUGAAUCUCUUGGGAUUGAUUCUAGUGUGUUAUUUCUAACAAACUAUAGUGCUAUGAACAAUAUAUUCUUCACAGAGAAAACCGUUGAGACUCCAAUGGGUAACAAGUACCAAGGCUUAAUCGCUACUGGCGAAGUUAGUGCUGUUGUUGUCCUUCGUGCGGGAGGAGCUUUGGAAACCGGCUUGAAGCGGGUCAUUCCGGACUGCAAAACUGGAAGACUGUUGAUUCAAUCCAAUAUUCGAACCGGUGAACCAGAAUUACAUUUUUUGAGUUUGCCGGACAAUAUUGACAAACACGACAGUGUUCUCUUACUUGAUCCACAACUGUCAAGUGGGGGAGCCUCACUUAUGUCAGUCCAAAUUCUUGUGGACCAUGGAGUACCUCAGGAGAAGAUUGUGUUUGUGACUUACACUUCAGGAAAAAUGGGAUUGAAUCGACUUACGAAGGUUUUCCCAAAGGUUAGGGUUGUGGUAUGCACAAUCAUUCAGGACUUUGAGGAAAGGUGGAUCGAAAAGAGGUACUUUGGAUGUUGAUCGUGACGAUAUGGUUGUUAGUAGCAAGUAAUGGUUGAAAGAUCAACCACCCAUCCGCUCCAAGUAGGUAGCAGACAAUCCAUCCGUAGUACUUUCUCAAGGGUGGGAAGUGAAUUUUCAAUAUUGAAUACUAAACGGUACACUAGAUUAAGUAAUUGUACUACUAUAAUUUCAAAUAAUCUUUUCGAUAUCAACAAACUUCGGUGCUUGAACAAGUUUAUUUUCAUAUGGACUCCUCAUUUUAGGGACUAAUAUACGAUCACUCACCAUUCGAAAUCCGAAAGUCCCACAAUAAACUCAAGGAUGUAAAAUAAGAAUCUACACAACCUAAUUACUAAUGAAUGAAGAAUUUC